CAUGGCGGCGCCCGUUUGCAGGUACAGCUGGUUCGCUUCCGUUUCUAGAAAACUGGGAAGUUAUCUAUUUAACUCAGUUUUCAUCACCCAGGCGGCGACGUACGCAAACAACAUGGACUCUGUGGGACCAACCAAGCUGGAGUUUGCGGUGCAGAUGACAUGUGAGAGCUGCGCAGUUAAAGUAAGAGCUGCUCUGGAGGGUCAACCAGGAGUACAGUCUGUCAGUAUCGAUGUGGGUAAGGAGGAGGUGUUGGUGGAGUCGACUCUGACCACUGCAGAGGUGCAGGCUCUGAUAGAGAGCACCGGACGCAGAGCCGUGCUGAAAGGCAUCGGAGGAUCAGAGCAAGACCUGGGUACAGCAGUGGCCAUGCUGGCUGGUGAAGGAAAGAUUCAAGGGGUGGUGCGUUUCCUGCAGCUGUCUGAGGAGCGGUGCUUGAUUGAUGGGACAAUUGACGGGUUGGAGCCCGGACUCCACGGCCUUCAUGUCCACGCUCUGGGGGACCUCACACGAGACUGCCUCAGCUGUGGAGAGCACUAUAACCCCUUUGGAAGACAACACGGUGGUCCAGGAGACUCUGAAAGGCAUGUAGGUGAUCUGGGGAAUAUCAUGGCUGGACCAGAUGGCAGAGCGUCUUUUCGACAAGAGGACGGUCAGCUAAAGGUAUGGGAUGUGAUUGGCCGAUCGCUGGUGGUGGAUGCAGGCGAAGACGACCUGGGUCGAGGCAGUCACCCUCUCUCCAAACUGACUGGGAACUGUGGGGAGAGACUGGCUUGUGGGAUCAUCGCCCGAUCAGCAGGUCUUUUCCAGAACCCCAAACAAAUCUGUGCCUGUGAUGGGGUCACGCUGUGGGAGGAGAGAGACAGGCCGAUAGCGGGGAAAGGUCGGAGCAAGGCCAGCACAGAGACACCGGCAGCGCACCUCUGACACUGCCAGCCAAAUCUGUAACCUGCGUAACCUGUGUUGGACAGUUUGAACAAAAGGGGCACAUUUACGAGAAACGCAGAGCACUUUUGUUGACAGAAGGUCAGAGCUGAAGCGAGGUAGACAGAGCACUGAGGAGUAUGUUUCCAGACAGCUGGACAGACGACCAAAGAAAAAUGGCCUUAUUUUCUUCUUCUUGUUUUUUCUCUCUGUGAUAAAAUCAAACCCUCUUGCAGCUGCGGUUGCUGUCCUCUGAGGAUUUUAAAAGCACUAAAGCAGAUUAAAACCGCCUGGGACUUUGUGAAAGUCACCUUUGAUUAGCUAGAUGUCCGUUAAUACUGUUAUAUGUUUGUUUAACCAGCCGCCUCUGACACAACUGUCUCAUCACAGUCUAAAUUGAUGCACUGACUGAGAUAAAUGCGCUUCAGUUCGGUAUUAAAGUGUCCAAGUUAAUUAUGCAAGCUUUCAGAAAUCAGUUAUAGUAAUAAUGGGGGUAAAUGAUGAAAAUAUAUAUUUACAUUUUUGAGUUUUUGAGGAAAAUCAUCACACAAAUAGGAUUACAAAAUGGUGUGAUGCUUAUAUUAAAGUAUAUUUACUGUCUAAAA